CUGGCAGUGUCCCCGGCCUACCCAAUGAAGCUGCCUGCUCUGGUAUCUUGAACCAAAAUGAAUAUGAGAAGAACAACCCAUAAACUUCUCAUAACACUCUUCAAUCAACUCAAUGUUCGUUCUUUAACUACGCUCCCUCAACUCCCGCAACCCACCUCUAUAGUUAACCCAAACCACCUGCUCCGAGUCUGCACUGUCCUCUACCAACAGCAGAACUCACCCGAAGUCAGACUCCAAACCCAUCUCCGGGCCUGCGAGUUCCACCUCACCCACGAGUUCUUCCUCCAAGUCUGCAACAAAUUCCCACUUUCAUGGCGACCCGUUUACAAGUUCUUCGAGUUCACCGAAACCCAACCCUGUUUCCAUCACAAUUCAGUUACUUUCAACAAGAUGGUCGACGUGAUUGGACGAUCCAGAAACAUCAAACUUUUCUGGGAGGUUCUGCAGGAGAUGGGACGGCGUCGUCUUGCCAAUGAUAAGACGUUUGUGAUUGCUUUGAAGACGUUGGCUUCGAUCAGAGAGAUGAAGAAGUGCGUGGAGUUUUUUCAUUUGAUGAAUGCCCACGAAUAUGGUUAUAGUUUGGAGACUUUGAAUAAGGUGGUUGAGGUUCUGUGUAGGAGUAAGCUUGCGGUUGAAGCUAAAGAAAUUGUUUUGAAGUUGAAAACUUGGAUUCCGCCAAGUGGGGUUACGUAUGGGUAUUUGAUUAAGGGUUUUUGUGAGGUUGGCGAUUUGAUUGAGGCGGCAAACGUUUGGGAUUUGAUGGUGGAUGAAGGGUUUCAGCCGAGCAUUGACGCGGUGGAGAAGAUGAUGGAGACCCUUUUCAAGAUUAAUAGGUUUGAUGAAGCAAUGAAGCUUUUUCAGGCAGUAAGAACAACAAGGUUUGAUGAGUUGGGUCUUUCUACUUACAGUCUUGUGAUCGAUUGGAUGUGUAAAAGAGGCAAGGUCUCGCAAGCCUAUAUGGUGUUUGAAGAAAUGCUCAAGAGAGGGAUUCAACCUGAUAAUAAGACAAUGUCCUCAUUAAUUUAUGGCCUUCUGGCAAAAGGGAGAGUUAGAGAGGCUAAUAAGAUUACGGAAGGUAUUGAAAGGCCGGAUAUAGCUGUGUAUCAUGGAGUGAUUAAGGGGCUUCUGAGGUUGAGAAAGGCAGGUGAAGCUACACAGGUGUUUCGGGAGAUGAUAAGGAGGGGGUGUGAGCCUACAAUGCAUACCUAUAUUAUGCUAUUGCAAGGGCAUUUAGGGAAGAAAGGGAGGAAAGGGCCACACCCACUUGUGAAUUUUGAUAGUAUUUUUGUAGGGGGUUUGAUUAAGGUGGGGAAGUCAUUAGACGCCAGUAAGUAUGUGGAGAGAAUGAUGGAUGGGGGAAUGGAAGUACCCAGGUUUGACUACAACAGAUUUCUGCAUUGUUAUUCAAAUGAGGAAGGUGUAUUUAUGUUUGAGGAGGUUGGGAAGAAGUUGAGAGAGGUUGGGUUGGUUGACUUAGCAGAUAUAUUCUUGAGGUAUGGGGAAAAAAUGGCUACUAGAGAUAGGAGAAGAAAUAGAGCAGCUGAACCUUUAGAAGAGCUUCUAAGGUCCCAAUUUCAAAAUGGGGCAAAUGGGAUCUCAGGAACUGAUCAAAUACAACAGGAAAGGGCAAGUUGAUGGGAACAGUGACAAGACAUUA